UCUGGUUCCCUUGCACAAUAUAAGUGGUCAAUGCCAUUUUAGUUUGGAAAUACUCUACCACUGCCACAAUGCGACUCUCAUCCGCUCUGUUUGUCGUUCUCUUGGCUUGCUGCACGUAUCCUACUUCUGCUUCCUCAAGCAGUGGCGGCUGCAUCGCAAGGUACUUCGAGGCUGCAGGGUUUACCCAACACUAUGCGAAGUAUUAUGAAGGUGUUUUUGCCGCCAGAGCUGUCGAUGCAGACGCUGUAUCCAACACGCAUCGCUCUCUGCUGCCGCUGAUGGGGAUAAGGAAGACAAAUGAUAUAGAGCGGCUGACAAAGUGCUUCUCCCGAUCCGAAGACACAGCGUGUAUAUCAUACGUACCCUGUGGAGGUCACGGGCACUGCCGACUUGUAGAUACGAGCAGCGGCAAGACGAAAGCUUACAAAUGCCAGUGCAACCCUGGCUAUUCGGGUCUAUCGUGUACGAUGGAUGCCUGUUCGACGCCGUACAGUAACGGAUCAAUGCCCCGUUGUGAGAAUGGGGGAACUUGCCAUCGCCUGCUCCGAGCACCAUACUUUGCAUGCAUUUGCCCUGAACGAUUCACAGGACAGCACUGCCAACGGGCGAAGCAGUACUGCUUGCCUAAUCCGUGUGCUCAUUCCGGUAGGUGUCGGCAGUUGGAGAGCGGGUACGUGUGCGAUUGUCACAGGGGGUAUGGAGGUGCUCAAUGCCAAAAUCAACUUUUAACUGCCGGAGAGCUCGAUACUCGAUUCAAUUCACUUCAGAGGAAGUUAAACGAGGUUAUUUCUACCAUAACCACGCGCUUUCAUACCCUACAGCAAAACAUCACUUCAGCAGCUCAGAGCGCACGUUUGCCGUUCGGCUUCAAGGUGAUUCGGAAACUAUCAACCUGGCACCAAGCAAUGUUCGAGUGCUCAAAGCUUGGUGGCCAUCUUGCUGUUCCUCGCAAUACGAGCGAGGUGUGUCUUGUACGAGCAUUGUAUCCGUCUGGUACGCUAUGGAUGGGCGCCAGCGACUCCAGAACUGAAGGAGUUUGGAGGGAUGUGGCCGGGGCAGUGUUGUCGUUCAACCAUUGGGCGAGCAGCCAGCCCGACAAUUAUUCGGGUACUGAAGACUGCUUGGAGCUUUUGCCGAGCAGCCGGGCGAGCUCCACAGGUAACUGGAAUGACGAUCAGUGCUGGGCUUACAAGUCAGCAUUUCUCUGCCGCUUCGCGUGAUCAAAUAACUAAGUGCCCAGUUUAAGUAGUGUGUAUAUAUACUUUGUACAUGUGAAUUGGUUUGUUGCAGAAUCGAAUUGAUGUGGACAACAAACAUUUUGAAGUUACUUUCAGUACAUUAUAAGUGUUAAAUGUACAAUAUAGGGGCCUGACCCAUUUUGUGCUGUGCAUGUGAAAGCAAAUCUCAGCCAUUUUCGGUAGCAGCUGCGGUAGCCAACGAUCCUCAAAUAGACACAGAGUAUAUUCUCAACAAUAUUCACAUUCAAUGGAUUCAUACUCCUUGAAUGCAUCAUACAUCAUAGCCCAAUUAAACACAUCAGUUAUGCUAGAACCAUCAUUCGGUUGCCAGCGGUAGUACCAAGAACUAGAUUGCAGGCAGUUUAUAUCCUACAAGUGGCUUGGCUCUCUUAUUCCGUGUGCUCGUGGUAUCACCAUAGACGAACACCUCCUUUUCUCAACUCUUUUCCUCUUCUUCAAUUAAGCAAUUUAUCUAAUCCUUCUUUUCAAUUUUAUCCUCUUUCUUUACCCCUCAGUAGAACCGAUGUAAGUACAGUGCUGGUCAGACGACUUUAGGAACUCAAUGACAACCUCCCCCUAUUGUUGGAAAUCAAUGACACAGUAAUAUCAUUCAAUACUGGGGAAAAAUGGCAGAACCUGGGUCUUUUUCUGGUAUGUUUUAUCCAUGUUUUGGUUCGUUGAUAAAGAAAUGGAGCAUAAUUCUCAGAAGUGGUUGCAAUAAG